UGCUUUCCACAGUGGCAGUGUUGUGUUGGCUACUGGCGAGUGUGGAGUCAAGCUUAUGGUAGCUGCGCGCCGGAGCGCCUCUGUUAAACACACCGCCACUGCUGUUCCCGAUGGAGAUCACAGAUUCUAACUCCAUGGAGCACCUGUGGAAAGAGCUGAACGUGCUGUUGAAGCUGCUGGAGCAUGAACAUGUGAGCUCAGCCACUGCAGAGAAGAUGACUGUGGUCAGAAACCUGCUGGGACAGCUACAACCAUCAGUGACUGGGAGUGACUUCAUAUAUAUGAACACUUCUCUCUAUGGGAAUGGUACAAGCUUUGUGGAAUCACUGUUUGAAGAAUUUGAUUGUGACCUAAAAGGUCUCAGGGAUUCUCCUGAAGAGCUAAAAAAUCAGGAAGAAGAAGAAGAAACAUCCAAAUACCCACCGUCCAAAUCAAGCCCCACAGACACGCCCCCUCCACUGCCCACCACGCCCCCUCCUGAUGAUUACUAUGAGGAGGCUGUUCCACUGGAAACAGACAGCAUACCUCAGUACAUCACCACCCACAACAAUUCCAGCCCACCAAAUUCAAUAGAGGAUGCCUAUUACGAAGAUGCUGACAACAACUACCCUAUAACCCGUCUGAACGGCCCAUGCAAAAACUCUUACAAUGACUCUGAUGCCCUGAGUAGCUCUUAUGAGUCGUACGAUGAAGAGGAUGAAGAGGCCAAGGGUAGAGAGAGAACACACCACCAGUGGCCCUCAGAGGAAAGUCCUGUGGGCCCAAUGAAGGACUGUCGCAAAUGUGCCUUCCUACUGCGCAAGAAGCGCUUCGGUCAGUGGGCCAAACAGUUAACCAUCAUCCGAGAGAACAGACUACAGUGUUUCAAGAACCCUAAAGACCGCACUCCACACACUGACCUGCCUCUGAACCUGUGCAGCGUCAUAUAUGUGUGUAAAGAUGGUCGACGCAAGAAGCAUGAGCUUAAAUUCUCCAUGCCUGGAGGAGAGUCCUUGGUACUGGCUGUGCCGAGUAAAGAACAAGCUGAAAGCUGGCUUAAGGCUAUACAGGACGUUACAACUUCGACAAACAGCACAACUGCACACGAGACAUCCUCUUCUCCCAUGAUUCCUCGCAAGACAGAGUUGGACAAGAUGAUGACUGCUGAUAAACAUACCUCAGACUCUGACAGCGUUGCUAAUGGAGACUCAGCUCGGGAGAGUGGUGAAAAUGGGAAGGUUAAGAAGGGGGCAUUCUCUGAGCUGACUGGAUCUAUGAGUCGCGCUGCUGGACGAAAAAUCACCCGCAUAAUCAGUUUCUCCAAGAAGAAGCCUCCCCUGCCUGGAGAGACCACUACCCUCACCCACACUGACGACAACCCACGCUGUGGAUAUCUGAAUGUUCUGGUGAAUCAGUGCUGGAAGGAGCGCUGGUGUUGUGUGAGGAGUGGCACUUUAUAUCUCCAUAAGGACCGAGGAGACGUACACACUCACGUUAAUGCUGUGGCUCUUCGUGGUGUUGAGGUUUUACCUGGUCUGGGGCCAAAGCACCCGUUUGCCUUCCGAAUCAUGAGAGAAGGCAAUGAAGUUACAGCUCUAGAGGCUAGCUGUUCUGAAGAGAUGGGUCGCUGGCUUGGUGUGCUGUUAGCAGAGGCUGGGUGUGCUACCACUCCUGAAGCUCUACACUACGACUAUGUGGAUGUGGAAACAAUCAGCUGCAUUAGAGAUGCAGCCCGACACUCUUUCCUUUGGGCAACGUCCUCCAGCAGUGCCUCCACUGACUCACGCACCUACGAUGAGGUUCCUUAUGAGAGUGUGCCGCAGAUAGAAGAGGCUCAGCCUAAAUCAGGAUCCUCAGUGAAGCGCCACUCAUCGUUCUCCAGCACUGAUACGCCAAAGGGCAAGCCUCUAGUCACUGUGAAGAGACACGGCUCUUCUGUAAAUCAGUACGGGAAAUACGGGAAGACGAGAGCAGAAGAGGACGCACGUCGAUACUUAAAUGAGAAAGAGCAGAUGGAGAUGGAAAAGGAAGAGAUCAGAAAGGCUCUGGUGUUGCUCCGCAAAGAGAAAAAAGAGGUGAAAGAGGACCUUAAAGGAGCCACAGGUCAGAAGCAGAAGGAUUUGGAGAAGCGCGUGGCAGCGCUGGAGGAAAGCUGCCGGGGGAAGGAAGCUGAGCGAGUGGAUCUGGAGCUGCGGCUGACUGAGGUGAAGGAGAACCUAAAGAAAUCUCUGGCUGGAGGUGCGCUGGGAGCACCAGCUGAGAACAAACCCACAACCAAGACUCAGAUCAGGAAAUCUGAAAGUCCCUACAGUGAGACCUCUCUACCUGUGAACUGUGCUUCUGAGAUGCGCAAGCGUCCUCCAUCUUACUACGCUUCUGCCAAAGGAAACGUCAUGCAAAAGGCCAAGGAAUGGGAGUCAAAGAAAAAGACUUAGAACAGAGACUGCUGAGAGUAUCAAUGCCGUGAUUUGUUGGAAGAGCGAAGAGUCUUGAUUACUCCUGACCCUGGGCACCGAGAUGGGAGGGUCAGUGGAGCACAGUGGACCAGAGAUUCAGCAGCUGUCUUUUGUUCAGCAUUUGUACUGAUAUGGUUAUGUUCUUGUAAGCUGUGUGGUGUUCUGUAUAUGAAACGUUUGCAUGCUGAGAAAUGUGUUUUUGAGGGGAUCCAUCAAGAACAUCAAAGGUGUAUUUAUUGUUAUUGUUUCUACAAAGGAUCAGCAUCAGCAUGACAUUUUACAUGGUAUUUACACAUCUCAGCCACACUAUAUGUCCAAAUAUUUGUCGACAACCCAUUUAAUGAAUGAUGAUUUGUCUACUAAACUUCACCUAUUGCUGAAACAGAUACGCAAAAAAAACUCUCUAGAGCAUCUAAAAAAACAUUAUCAGACUGGCACCAUGCCUAAUGCCAUGUGUGGGCUAGAAGGGUAAAAAGACCCCAGCAAUAAGCUGUUCUCUGAAAUGAUGAUGCUCCAUCCAAUACUUUUGGGAUGAGUUAAAAAUAAUUUUGGGUGGUGAUCAACCAACAUCCUGACCUUACUAAUGCUCCUAUCAACGAAUGCAACCAAAUCUUCACAGCAAUGCAUCAAAAUCUUGUAAAAAAUGUUCCUGGACAGUAAGGACAUUUAAACCAACAAAAGUAGAAUAAACUAUUUUUUUUUACCGUCGAUUUUAAAAGAAACCGUAAAUAAUCAGAUGUCCCAAUAUUUUUGUCCAUAUUGUAUAUUUUACAUUUCGGCACAUCAGAUGAAACAAAAUAAACCAAUUUCUAAGUAUACAAAUAAGAUAUAUUCUAAUAGAAAAAAGAAAGGGUUGUUCAUGUUCAAAGUGAAUAAGUAAAUUGUUUUACAUUUCUGGGAAAUAUGGGAAGGAUAAAAAAGGGAAAGGGGUGAGUUCAUAUACAUAAAUAAUAAUAAUUCUACUAUAUUACAGACAUAGCUUAUUAAAUCCCUACUUUGGAACUGAGUACAAUGUCAUGUCUCUCUAUCAUAGCCCUAUACAGUGUAUCUAAAAGAUUACUCUAUUUGACACUUUUCUUCUACUCUAUGGCACUUAAAUGUCCUGGUGUAUUUAUUUAUUGUUACUUUGUAUAUAAAACCAUUUGAACAUUUCUCUCAAA